ACGGUGGCACGUGGCGCCCGGCGACAGAGAGAGAUUGUAGGUUCCAAGCAGAUACUCUCACCCCACUGAUAAAUGAGCAAAGGAUGCCAGGGGUGGCCGACGCUGUUAUCCCAUUCCCGGAAAGCUCCGUAUCCAGGCUUCUGCUCCAUGGGAUCUGCAGCCCAGCUCGAUCCCUCCGCCAGGGUAGUGAAUGUCGGACCAUCAGGCACAGGAAGAAGCUGAGUAGGAAGUAUCAGCGUUUCCUGGAAAGGAAAGCGUACCUGGAGCAAAGGGGGCUUUUGAAGCGCAGGCGGGUCAGAGAGAAGGAGGGACCUGGAGACCAUCCAGAGUGCCCAGGUGGCUGCAUCUUCCAGCAGGGAAACACCGAGCAGCCAAGUGGCUCCUGUGUGACUGCUAAUUACUCCAUCGUAGCUGGGGCCUUGCAAACCCUGCCCAUGACGGGAAGUAUCACACCCACAAUGCUGGGGGAGUCCAGCGAGAGUGACCCCCCAGAACACAAGGCAAACUGUCUCACCCCCAAGGGCCUUGACCUGCUGUCACCUGCUGCCAUGUCUCGCAGGAUGAGGUCGGGGGGCUUCUGCUGCAGUGCCACCAGGUGCGUGGCGAUCGACUGCGAGAUGGUGGGCACGGGCCCCUGUGGGUGGCUGGGUGAAGUGGCCAGGUGCAGCAUAGUUAACUAUCAGGGUGACGUCAUCUAUGAUAAGUACGUGAGGCCGGAAGGCCCCAUCACCGACUACAGGACGCGGUGGAGUGGAAUACGCAAGCAGCACAUGGCGAGUGCGUUAGAGUUUAAUGUUGCGCAGAGAGAGAUCAUGAAGAUCCUAAAAGGUAAAAUUGUGAUUGGCCAUGCAUUGCACAAUGAUUUUAAAGCCCUGAAGUAUUUUCAUCCAAGAUCUCUAACGAGAGAUACAAGCAAGAUGCCAAUUUUGAAGAAGAUGGCUGGGUUUGCUGAAAAAGACUCUGUGUCCCUGAAGAAUCUUGCAAAGCAGCUUCUGCGCAAAUCCAUACAGGUCGGCAGGGACGGCCACUGUUCUGUCGAGGAUGCCCGCGCUGCGAUGCAAUUGUACAAGCUAGUUGAAGUUCAGUGGGAAGAGAAGCUUCACAGCGAGUUGUGGACAGAACAUGAUCACACGGUGUCUGACACAAGCUCUGAAAUCAGUCACUACAUGGACGAUCAGUAUUGGCCUGCUGGAUUACACGAUGACUGCAAAUAAUUGGAGAUGAAUUUCUUUUAAGUGCAUACCUCCAGUGACGAUAAGCAUUAAUGCUGCCGAUGGACUGUUGCAAUACAAACUCAGGUUGACUUGCCUGUUGGAUGAGGACCAGUUUUUCUCCUGUUCUCAGGUCUUCACUUUACACUGUUCUGCCAGCAAAUUGGUGCUCGUUCCCUCUCGGUGGUGGGUCAGGAUCCAUGCAGCCAUAGUUCCAGAUCAGGACAAAGAUCUCAAGCCUGCUUCAAUACCAAGUUGUUCAGUAUGCCAGUGCAGAAUCUGGAGCAAGUUAAAGGGGGGUGGGGUGUUAAUUUGGUGCAAUUGGGUUCUUCCUGAGUUCUGACUGAAAAUUCAACCCAUUGCAAUCUUUGUUUUGGAGAGAAAAUGAAUAGACUAGAUUUGGUGUGGUGGAUAAAGCUGAAUGGUUUUGUUCUGUUGAUAUAGUUGACCACAAAGGAACAAGAAUUGCAACCUAGUAACCUCCUUGUUUUCUGUUUUAAUGCUCAUCUUCAACAUUUCUGCACACAGCUCCCUCCUGCAGAAGACAACUGGUACUAUUUCACUGAUGCUGGUUGGUCCCAGUUCUCAAAUCCUGAGGCUAACGAGCAUCAGGCUCUUCAGCCUAGAGAGCUGAUCUUCUUUGUGCCCUUGUUCCAGCUCGCUGUCUAAUUUUGAAGUACUGAGUUCAAUGUCCCAACUGCUGCCCUUUCAGGAAAGGCCUCCAAGAUUGCCGUGGGGCUUGUAGUAACUCUAGUCCAUGUGACUGUCACCUGAAUAUUUCAGCGUGGUUCCUCUUUACUUGGCCUGUACCAAAAAUGGGUGUCUAAAUGUGAGGCAGGAAGCUAUGUUCUCAUCCUUUCCCACCCUCCCUUCCUGUGAUACCUUGUGGAUAUACAAAGUGAGGAGGGAAGCGGAAUCUGUUACCAUGACUGCUUGUUGAAAACAGAUUAGCUCUAAAGAGAGAUUGUAUCAGUAAGCAUCUAGAGAACCUCAGUAGAGGAGUGCUUGGGCUGAGCUACUGUAGGUUUAUCGCUCGCCACUAGCAGCACAGUGACACAACUAGUAGAGCUGCUGUCUCAUGUGUCUAGUACUUGCAGGUUCAAAGCUGACCUCUGGUGCUAUCUUUGUGGAGUUUGCAUGUUAUUCCUGUGACUAUAUGGAUGGUCUUCCACAUCUGAGUGACGUAUAGAAUGGUAGAUCAAUUAGCCAGUGUGUAGGUGAGUGUCAGGAUCUGGGGAGAACUUUUGGGAAUGACCAUAAUACAAACAGUACUGUGCAAAAGUGUUGGGCACAUCUAUAGCUAGGGUGCCUCAGACUUUUGCAAAGUACUGUAUUUGUCAACGUGGAGCAGAGAGAGUGUUUGUAAAAUUGGUGGGAGCAAAGGAUGUUGGGAAUAGUGAGGGUGGAGGGGUAUGGGACAGGUGGUAGAGAAGGAAUGCCAGGACAGGGAGUGGCAUGGGUGCAGUCACACCUGGUCCUGAGACACCAGACAAGGUAACUUGAUUCUAAACAGUUGGUUUACUGAUCAUUACAGAAAGUUCCUCUGGUGUUUCUUGUUCCCUGCCUGUUUUCCCCCCUCUCUGCCCCCGUUCCAUAAUCUCUCAGUCCACAAUAGAGACCCAUAAUAGAAUCAGAUUUAUCACCACUCUCAUAUGUCAUGAAAUUUUUUUUUUGUGGUAGUAGUCAAGUCGAAGUCAAGUCAUUUUUUAUUGUCAUUUCAACCAUAACUGCUGGUACAGAACAUAGGUUUCCAGGACCAUGGUGCUACAUGAAACAAUACUACACUGAACUACAUAAGAAAAAAACACAAACUACACUAAACUACAGACCUGGACUGCAUAAAGUGCACAAAACAGUGCAGGCACUACAAUAAAUAAUAAUAAUAAAUAAUAAACAAGACAGUAGAGGGUAUAGUAGGUUCGUGUCAGUCCAGGCUCUGGGUAUUGAAGAGUCUGAUGACUUGGGGGAAGAAACUGUUACAUAGUCUGGUCGUGAGAGCCCGAAUGCUUCGGUGCCUUUUGCCAGAUGGCAGGAGGGAGAAGAGUUUGUAUGAGGGGUACGUGGGGUCCUUCACAAUGCUGUUUGUUUUGAGGAUGCAGCGUGCGGUGUAAAUGUCUGAUAGUGGGAGGAGAGACACCGAUGAUGAUCUCAGCUGACCUCAGUAUCCGCUGCAGGGUCUUGUGAUCCGAGAUGGUGCAAUUUCCGAACCAGGCCAUGAUGCAGCUGCUUAGGAUGCUCUCAAUACAACCUCUGUAGAAUGUGGUGAGGAUGGGGGGUGGGUGAUAGACUUUUCUCAGCCUUCGCAGAAAGUAGAGACACUGCAAUAGAGUACAGUGCAAUACAUAAAAUUACUACAGUGCUGUGCAAAAGUCUUAGGGUUUCUAGCACGGUAUUGUAGGAGCAGAAUCGGGCCAUUCGGCCCAUUGAGUCUGUUCCAUCAUUUGAACAUGGCUGAUUUAUUUUUCUCUCAACCCCAUGUGAAUGAGAAGAGAAUAAAAAAAAAUUGGGAUUAGUAACAGGUUGGUAUUAAUGUGCACUUAAUAGUUGGAUUGGAUUCAGUGGGUGAAGGAGGCUGUUUCUGUGCCCUGUGCCUUGUGACCGCUCGCCCCUAUGACAUUGUUAGUGAGAGAUGGAUUUGUGGUAUCAUUCCCCCUUUGAUGUCAUCACACGAGAGGCAUGCUUUUCAAAAUGUCUGCUUCAAGCUUGUCUCCAACCUUUGUGAUCACAAGUGACAGCAUUAUUUGGUGAAGGCUGCAAGUUUACUGGCCUGCUCUGCCUCUCUCAAUUUUAGUUUUGUUUCAGGAAUCAUUUAGGAACUCCAUUCUGUUGCUAAUGAUUUGGGGAGGGAGGAUAGGACUUUGCCUGUGUUCUGUGUUGGACUCUUAAUGCCACCCUCCCAUGGACAAUUCCUGACCGCAAGGAAAAUUGUGUUAGUACAUUGGUGCCCACUGCAUUUUUCUGGUAUCCUUUUUUAAAUCUAAAUUGUUUUUUGAACUACCCUGUCCUCAACAGCCAUUCACGUUAAUGGAUUCUGUCUUGUAUAUCUGCCAUACCGAAGGUUAUGAGGUUAGGUGAUCAUGCUGCAGUUUUCCUUCAGAAUUGUACUGCAGUCUCUUUCACACAAGAUAUCAGUAUGGAACUCCACUGUGCUGUCUGAUUAACACACAGUACUUUUCAAAGGAAGUGAUAUUCUCCCUAUUAUCCUGUCAAAUCCUCAAUCAACACUUCUGAACUGGUGUGUGGUUGUCCUGGUAUUUGUGGGAGCAGCAACAAUACUUAGUUGGAGAAUCAUUUGGCCUGUCAUAAAAUUUGGAAAUCAGCUCUAGAAAAGGGCCAUCCCAGUCCGCUUCUAAUUUUGUUUUUACAUUUGUGAGCCAGUGCUCUUUAUCUCCUUGUCCCUCAAAUGCAUUGCAUGUUUACAAAGCCUGCGCAACUAGUUUAGAAGAAAAGGGCAGUAAUAAUUGUUUGCAGGCAACUUUGAGUACAUUCAUCAGUACUGCACCCAAACAUGUUUGGGCAACACUGUUGUGUUGUCAAUUAGGAUAAAUUUGCAAAAUGACUAACAAUAAAUUAUUUUCAAAUGAUUUAUUUUCUUGUAUCAUUUCUUUGUCUGAUGUCUUUG